CAAGCACAGUGAUACUGCUGGAGACGGAUGUCACUCUCUUCUGCAACAUGUAAAAAUUAGAGUGGAGAAAAAAAAUAGGAAUAAAGCUCUUGCUCAAUGCUGCAGAGAAAGAAGGCAGCGCACUGGAAUGGCAGGAGAGGCCAGAGGCAAGAGGUCCUGUUGACCAAUACGGGUAUGUCAGGUGGGGCCCAGCAGAUUUGCCGAGGGGGAGACCGAGGCAACAUUGGAGAAUAUAAAGAGGGAUCUGCUGAACAUCUACUCAGGCAUGCCAUCUACUCUCUUUUUGGGGGAAGGAAUGAGUGGGGCAGAGAGAGCAGAACCAAUGAUGGAAAAGACAUGCAUCAUCCUGCGGAAAUACCUUAACAAAGUGCCUGCUGCAGCGAUGUCUGAGAUCAAACAGGAAUGGCCAUUUUUCUUCUCUCAGAAAUGCCUAUUCUCGCACUUUAACCUCCUGAUGGACGUUGAUGUCCUUCAGAAGCUACAGGAGGAAAUUAGUCGAAGAGGACAGACCAUCCUGGAUUACUGUGCAACACUGGACAACCCAAAGAUCCGUGAUGUUCUGGCCUGCUAUGAUCCAGACUCUGACAAGGCUGCCUGCAUCCUGCUGCUCCUAAUGUUGUACUUCAAAGAGCCGAAAGAGAGUUUGAUGCUUGAAGUUCAUCCAUGUGCCACUGCUGUGGACGUCAAUACUGCAGAACUCCCCGGAACCCCGUGCUUGAUCAUUCAAGGUGACAUGAUGAAGCCCUCUGGAUGGCUUAUAUCCAUCGAAGGACAUGUCGUGAUGGGCCCACACCCUUUAUUUUUACAUGGAGUAGCUGCUUUCUUCAGCAGCUAUUACGUAUUCAACCUUGAGUAUCCUACCGCUGGAUCUUCGACACUGGAGUUCAUUCAAAGGUGCUUCCUGGGCAUCAAUCCUGAAAGAGGCUCAAAGACCAAGAAGCGGACAACAAUGAACCCUCAUGUGAGCACCCUUUUGAGGAAACUUAUUGACUUUGAGUGGGCAUCAUAG